UAGAUCAGGGCUUCUGUUGGUCGGGUGCUCAGGGCCUGCUCCUGAGCGGCCAGAGUGCCUCUGUACUGUCCUUCAGACCAGCCCUCUCAAGCCAUUGGUAGGAUUUCUUGAUAUCUGCUAUUUAGUUAUGUUUUGGUGGUACCCCCAUGUAGGGGCUUGUCCUGCCAUGACAGUCACUCCAGCACCUCUUCCUCUGAACUCCACUGUCUGAAACAUUCUCUAAGCACGUCGUCUGUCGGGGCCUUGUCAUUGAUGUACUUGGAUGUUUCAUUCUGGACAGUGAUUCCUACACUCAUUAUGCCUUGGCCUCCUUCCGGCUUGCGUACAGUCUCGGUGCUUGAUUUGAGAUGGAACCCUCCAUGCAUGGUCAGGAGCUUUCGUGUCUUCACAUCCGUGAUCUGUAUCUUCUCCUUUGGCCAGCUUAUGAUGCCUGCUGGGUAUCUGAUUAAUGGCAGGGCGUAGCUGUUUCUUGUCUGAGCUUUGUUCUUGCCAUUGAGCUGGCUUCAUAGGACUUGCCUCACUCUUUGCAUGUAUUUGGCUGUAGCCGCUUUUCUUGUUGCCACUUCAAGGUUGCCAUUUGCUUGUGGGAUACCAAGGUACUUGUAACUGUCCUCAAUACUACGUUUCUCAAGCCCAAAUGACAUUCCAAUACAUGUGCUGUAGAUCCUGGUAGUGUGGAUAGCUCCCUUAUACAGCUUGUUGUCAUCCAUGUAGAGGAGGUGACUGAUGGUGCCCGUUUCUGUGUCGGUUUCCAUAUCUAGUGCGGCUGAUAAUUUGGCUAAGGGGGUUCAGACCAUGGUUCUAUUAAAAUAGGUUCAGACCUAUGCAAAACAGCAGUCGAGUUAGUGUUUCUCUUGGUAUAUGCCACAUUUGAAGUAUAUAAUAUAUAUAAUUCCAUUGAGAUAGAAAGCUAUACUUUCCUAUAUAUACUACACUAUACCUUUUUAUACAUUCUCCAUUGCCAAAGAUUCAACAUUUCCAUAGAGACAUGCAGGGGGAGGCCUUUCAAAAACAUAAUCACCAAUACAUUUCUAGUUUGAAACUAAUUAGCUUUGUGUUGUCUCUGCUCUUCUUCACUUGCCUAGAUUAUUUGCAGCCAAAUCGCUUUGAAAAAGUUGCAUACUGUGGCUUUAAAGUGUAUAUGACAGGUGAGACUACUCACUAAAACAACAGUUAUAUUUAAGAUUUUACAAAAAAAUAUUGCCUAGAUUUAAAGGUGGUUAUAAUUGUAGUGUACUGUCUUGGAUAUGGGCAGCAAUACAGGAAAAAAAAACCUAUGAAAAAGGUCAGGGUGAUUUACAUUUUAAGUUCAGGCUUUUGGUAUAGAAAUGGAGCCGUUAAAAUUAUUGUGAGGCAUAAAAUCUAGUGGGCAAAGCUGGAAUCAAAUCUGUUGCUCCAAGUUUCAUAAAUUUGCAAAUUAUCUAUGAAACAACAACAACAACAAAAAUGUAUUACUUAUACGUAGCGUGUGCCUGCCCGAGCAAUGCCCUAGAGAAGAGAGAAGCACAAGAUCCAAACGUUCAGCAAGUAGUAAGCAGUAAGAUAACAUCUACAGCAUAGUGUAGUGAAGUAUCGGUCUUUUUACACACCUAAAAGUUUCUCUUCACCCCAAGAAUGUUAAUACCUUGUUAGUUACAUCUCAUUAAAAUUUUCUGGACCACAUAUGCUGUGUAAAUGGGGCUUGAAAUGCUCUGGUGCAUUUUACUCAUUUAGUGCAAUUAGGUUAGGUUACAUUGGAACAUAUAUUCACACUAAGGUUUAUGUUCUUACAGACUAACAAACAGCAUGAGUCUUGAUUGUGUGUUGUGCUUGUGACAUUUUAUUGCAUGCAGUUUAAUGACUUGGGCUGCAGUCACUGACGGGGGACAGAUGCCACAGAAAAUCUGGACCAACUCUCAGCUGUAGGGUCUGGGUACUAUUUCAGCCUUGGUCUAUAUUUAACUCUACUAAGGGGGUUUACAUCUUAAAGAGGCCUACUCUUGCAUUUUAAGUAACAACACAGUUAAAUUCCAAAAUACUGGAAAUUGUAAAUAUACCUUCACUUUUAAAUAACUCAUUGCUAUAUACUGGACUAAAUGGACUUUUACUGGAGGGAUACAGCUACAGUGGUUCUUCAUUGCUCCGGCUCCACUCCCCCUUUUCAUUCCCCACUCAGUCUAUUCUUGUCCAGCUGAGUCAGAUGGACAGCUCCCAACUUAGAUGUAGCAAACAGUCACAGCAGAGCUCCUACAUUCAUAGUGGUUGAAAACAAAAAGAGGAUUCUUAGCUUUUGGGUAACAAGCGCAAAAAUUGGACCAAAGUCAAGAUGGAUGAACCUGAGAGUUUGGACUCGGAGAUGACAGAGCUACAGGAGUGUUCUUAUGAACCACUGGAAUCUCUCAGCCAAGACGAUGAAGAUGAGGUGGAGGAACUUCAAAACAGUUUGCGAGAGGUUAUCCAGGACCAUUCAGUGAAGCCCAAACUGCAGUGCCUCAUGGUGGAUCCUUCAUUCUCAAUGGUGACUGUACAGAGCGAGGACAGUGGGAUUGUGUGGGAGACUGCCUCCAGUCGCUGCUCCACUCCCUGGGCGUCCGAAACCAGUUCUGUGUCAGAAGGGGGCAGCAUGGAGGGCUCCGGGGCAGCGGGCAACAUCACCAUCAUCUUUGAUGAGGAGAAAGUGGUGCGGCGGCGGACCAGGUCCGGGAGGAGUAGCAGGCUCAGUGAUAGGUUCAGCAGGCCGGGCAGUUCUCGAUCUGCCUCGGCUCUGGGAGUGGAGAGACUGGAGAUGAUGGAGGUUUCUCAGCCCAAUGUCAAACAGGACAAAACCAAGACUGAACCAGACCUGGAGGAGAUAAAGAGCAUGGACCAGCAGCUGUUUAGUUUGAUUUCUGAAGGUUAUGAAAUUCUCAACAUCAGAGUACCAUCUAAACUGCCCACUGUAGAUGAGGAGGAGAGCACUGAGCUGCAGGACAACCUAUCCUAUCUGGACCAGACUCCGAAGAUCAAGUCCAGAAACCACCACCAGUGGACUCCUGUUGAGGGAGAAGACUUGCAGGCUGCAGAAUCACAAAAUGAGGAAUCAAAAGACACUUCACCCCAUCCACCAUCAGACUCAGAUCUCAAACCUGCUGCAGAUGGCCCUGGUGAUAUUGAUUACUUUGAGAAGUUUACCCUGCUUGACGUUGUGACUCCUGAUGAACAAGCAGCAGAAGAACAGGAUGAGUGUAUAACGCCUGUCCCUCCUCCAGAACCAGAGCAGACCACCAAAGACACAGUCAAAACUAUUAGCCCCUCUGCCUCUGAAGAGUCCUUUGUUUUUGUGUCUGAUGAGGACAUUGUUGGAGAGCACCUGGAUGAAGUGUUUUAUGGAGAGGGCCCUCCUGCUGAUUUAGUGCAGCAAAGUGAAGAGGAAGCUAAAGAGAGGAUGCGACGCCAGAGCUCUGUCAAAGAAAGUGGCUCAGUGCUAUUUGAAAGUGAGGAGACUGUUCUAACUCCUAUCUAUAUCUCCUCUGGCCCACCAAAGAUCAUUGACCCCAUAUUAUUGGAAGAACCCACUGCCAUGUCGUUUAUGUACUCUGACCUUUAUGAGGAUGCUAUGGGGGAGAGAAGGAGAAGCGAUGAGGAGUACUCUGAAGCAGAAAGCGUUACAUCCGAGAAAUCCUACAAGAGGUGUUUGACUGAUGAUUGUGAGGAAGCGGACAGUGGCUACCUGGAGAAGUUUAUCUUGAAAGAUGAGACACCAAAUGUGGAGGUUUCAGCUGAGGUUGUAGAUGACCAUAAAGGAGGAAGGAUGAUGUGGUCACAGAAUGAGUUUGAGAUGAGUGGGUGCUUGACACGAGUAGUUGAAGCAGAAGAUACUGAAGAAACAAUGAAGGGAGAUGAGAUAAAAGAGACUAGGCCAUUUGAAAAAAGUUCAGAAUCAUCAAUAUCACAAGUCGAACAUGAAAACAAAGUGUUAACGUCUUAUCAAAAAGAAGAAAGUGUGGAAAAGUCUAAAGUGACUGAAUUUGAAACAUCCUCAGAAUCAUCAAUAUCACAGGUUGAACAUGAAAACAAUGUGUCAGCUCCUGAUCAGAAAGACAAAAUUAUAGAAAAGUCAAAAGUAAUUGAAGGCAAACACACUGAAAUUAAAAAGCCUCCGGGAGAAUCUCAGAGUGUUGAAGUUGUGUCUGAAGUAGAAAUUUCAGAAAUUCCAAAGCAAGAAUCUGUUGAGCAGAGCACCUCUGAAAUACAUCUACCAACUGAGAAGAUGGAAAUUACAGAUGAAGCAGCUACCAUAGAUACACCUGCCCCAGCUACAGACAUUCUUCAGACAGCCAUUCAAGGAGAUGAAACUCAAGUGUCUGAGUCCAUAGUGGAUGCUGUAGUUGAAGAUACAGGGCUGGAGAUUCCCAAAGAUUCAUGUUUAGAAGUUAUUGCUGACUGUGAGCCCCCUGUCCAAGCACAUGUGGAAGUUAUUGAAAAAGGCGAAAUAGAUAUUCAAACUCAAGUAUGCAUUGAUCUGCAAGAGGUUAAUUUGGCCACUACAUCAACAGUUGAUGAUUUGGAUCAAGAAGGUGAAAUUAUGACACAAGAUGAUGCUAAGAUUGAACCAGUGGAAAAGCCAAUAGAAAUUGUCAAACAAGAAGAUGUUUCUAGUGAAGAAUUAGUUGCUUCAGAGGUCAAGGCUGAUGUGGUUAAGGAGAUGGUCAAUGAUAGUGGUGAGCUCAUACUGCUUGUUCCCAAAGGACAAGCUGUUGAAAUGGAUAUAGAAAUAAGCCCACAGCCAGAUAUGAGUCCAGCAGAUCAGGAAGUUGAUCAGGCAGAUAACUUGGAACUGAUAGCAGAGGUUGUAACACAGCCAGAGAGUGAAAUUGUGUCUAAAUUUGAAGAAAAAGCUAAAGAAGAUUUACAUUUGCCAAAGGAGGAGAUCAAAGAAGCAGAUAAAAAUUUAGAGUUGGAAAAACAAGAAAUUGUGCCAUCAAUACCAAGUAAUAUUUUUCAAAAAGAAAUGCCUUUUACAGUCCAAGAGCCAAUAAUGGAAUCACAAAAACCUGAGGUAGAAUAUAAAACAAAGGAUAUUGAAGCUAGUGUAGAUGAAACACCUUCGUCCAUGGAUGAGAGUCACAAAGUCAAACAAAAGACAGAUUUGAAGGAACCUAUCUAUACACCUCCACAGGAAAUACCAGUAACUGUGCCAGAAACAAUUACACAAAUACAAACAGACACUCAGCUGCAAGAAAAAGUACACAUAGUUAUAAUGACAGCUAUAAAAGAUGAAGAUGUAACAACUGUUCUUGCUGAGGAAUGCCCUGAAGCUGAGCAGAUUGCGCAGGUUGUGUCAGAAGAAACAGAGAUUGUAUCUGAUAAAGUUGAUUUGCCCCCUGCUUCAGAGGAGGGGGGACAAAAUGUAGCUUUGGAAGAACAGGAGAUGACUUCUGAAACAGUACCAACAGUUGAAGAAGAAAAAGAGAUCAUAUCUGAUAAAGUUGAUUUGCCCCCUGCUUCAGACGAGGGGAGACAAAAUGUAGCUUUGGAAGAACAGGAGAUGACUUCUGAAACAGUACCAGCAAUUGAAGAAGAACCAGAAAAUGCAUUUGAUAAAGUUGAUUUGCCCACUGCUUUAGAGGAGGGGAGACAAAAUGUAGCCUUGGAAGAACAGAAGAUGACUUCUGAAACAGUACCAACUAUUGAAGAAGAAAAAGAGAUCAUAUCUGAUAAAGUUGAUUUGCCCCCUGCUUCAGUGGAGGGGAGACAAAAUGUAGCUCCGGAAGAACAGGAGAUAACUUCUGAAACAGUACCUACACAUGAAGAAGAAAAAGAGAUCAUAUCUGAUAAAGUUGAUUUGCCCCCUGCUUUAGAGGAGGGGGAACAGAAUAUAGCUUUGGAAGAACAGGAGAUGACUUCUGAAACAGUACCAACAAUUGAAAAAGAACCAGAAAAUGCAUUUGAUAAAGUUGAUUUGCCCACUGCUUUAGAGGAGGGGAGACAAAAUGUAGCCUUGGAAGAACAGAAGAUGACUUCUGAAACAGUACCAACUAUUGAAGAAGAAAAAGAGAUCAUAUCUGAUAAAGUUGAUUUGCCCCCUGCUUCAGUGGAGGGGAGACAAAAUGUAGCUCCGGAAGAACAGGAGAUAACUUCUGAAACAGUACCUACACAUGAAGAAGAAAAAGAGAUCAUAUCUGAUAAAGUUGAUUUGCCCCCUGCUUCAGACGAGGGGAGACAAAAUGUAGCUUUGGAAGAACAGGAGAUGACUUCUGAAACAGUACCAACUAUUGAAGAAGAAAAAGAGAUCAUAUCUGAUAAAGUUGAUUUGCCCCCUGCUUCAGACGAGGGGAGACAAAAUGUAGCUUUGGAAGAACAGGACAUAGCUUCUGUAAUCACUGAGACAACAAGGCAGGAUUGGUCUGUUUCACUCAGUGAGGCAGAGACAGAGGAACUUGACUAUGAGAUAGUAAAUAAACAAGAAGGUGAAGAAUCACACAGCAUUGAAUCAGGGGCACCAAAACAGGAGUUAGAUCAAUAUAAAGAAAUUGUAAGCGAGGAACUGGAGGAAGAGCAUACUGAAUGCAAAGAUAACAGUGUUGCUGAUGAGGAGCAGACACUAAUGGGUGACGUAGAGGAGGAGACAGGUGUACACUCCACUCUGAAAAGGUUUACCCCACUGCAAGAUCUGUCUGGAUUACAUGCAGCAGAUGUGAAUCUAGAAACAGCUAAUAUAGAGGAAAAUGCAUUGGAUCUGGACCAUCAAAUGGAUAUAAGUGAAGAUGUACAAGAUGUCUGCAUGCAAGACGUGACAGAAGAUGCUGAGAAAAAAGUGAGUCCUGAUGUCUCUAUGGAGUAUGAAAUUAUAACUGAACAAGACACAACAGAGAUGGCACAAGCUGAAAUGGAAGAUGAGAGGGUAGAGUUGGUAAAAGAAAAUGAAUACAUGGAGGACGUUCUGGAGGACACAGCAGACACAGAGGAGCUUAUGGAGGUGGACUAUGAGACCAUUGAUGUAGAGGAGGAGCAUCAGGCCCGGCUGGCGGCUGAGCUGGAGGGGCUUGACUGGUACUGCCUCAGCUGUGGGUGUCUGCUGCCGGAGCAGGAGAGUGGACCACACCAGAGCCAUGAUGUUACUGCAGUGGACAAAGCCUAUGAAGAGAUCAUGGAAAAGUUGAGUGAGUGGAUUUCAGAGCUGCAGGGGAGAUCUGAAAACAUUGAGGACCUGGUGUCUGAGCUGGAGCUGGCAUAUAAUUCAGUGGAGGAACAGUUUCAUAAGAGUGAGACAGAAAUGCAGGCUCAGAAUGAGGAGAUGAUGGCCCUGGUCAUGGAUCAGUACAACAGUAUGUCUGUGAGUAUGGAGGAAGAGAAGAAGGCCAAGCUGGAGCAGCUCUACGACCAAAUAGUGUCAUUCCAGGAGAGCAUUGACUCUGCUAAAGGCACCCUCGAGACUACAGCCCGAGAGGCGGAGACAGACGCAAGGUCACCUGAAGACAUUCAUGCAAGGCUCAUAGUAGCUCUGGACUCUGCCAUGUCUCUUGAGCUUGGACCCAAAGGACUCUUAGUAUUUGAGGACUAUGCAAAGGGCAACACUUCUAGCUCCCAGUUAGCUCAGCGAAAGGGAAUUGCAGUGCCUCAAAGACCGACUCUUCAGGUCCAGGAGCCAGGCUCAGCCACCAGCUCCAGUGUCACGGUCUACUGGAAGGUCAACUCUGAAGAUGUCAUAGACUGCUUUCAGGUGUACUGCAUGGAGGAUCCACAAGGAGUACUAUUUUUCCUCCUGCUUUUAACAGCUAUAUCAGAGGAAUACCGUGUGACAGUAAAGGAAAGUUAUUGUGUUUUGGAGGAACUGGAGCCUGACAAAUCAUACAAGGUGUGGGUGAUGGCUGUCAACUACACAGGUUGCUCUCUACCCAGUGCACGACUCAUCUUUAAAACAGCUCCAUCAGUACCUGUGAUUGACACUGACAGGUGCACUGUCACCUGGGACACAGCCUUUCUGAGGUGGAGCUCAAUGCAGAAGACUCCUGAACUAUCCUACACACUGGAGUACUGUCGACAGUAUGAACUGGAGGGAGAAGGCUUGAGAACCAUCUCUGGUAUUAAAAACUUUGAACAUAAAGUCCUUCUUCAACCGAAUGAGAAUUAUCUGGUCUACAUAAAAGCUGUGAGUGAGGCUGGUUCUAGUGAGCAGAGUGAAGCUGCGCUCAUUUCUACUAAAGGAACAAAGUUUCACCUGCAAAAGGCAACUGCUCAUCCUGCUCUGGAGCUGUCUAUGGACCAAACUACCCUGCACUACUCUCAGGACACAUACGACAACAUGCCAGAUAAGGCGUGUCCAUCUAUCCUGGGCGAGCAGCUCCCAGUGAGAGGACGCUAUUACUGGGAGAAUGAUGUUUCAAGAUGCACUGACUACAGGUUGGGGGUGGCUUACAGCUCUGCCAAUAUAAACAGUCCUCUGGGAGAAAGUCAGUUGUCCUGGUGCUUGCAGUGCACCCCCACACCAUCGGGUUGCAGUUAUCACUUGGUGCACAAUGACAUCCAUUCAAGUUUGUUUGUGAUUGAUUUACCUGAACGAGUGGGUAUCUUCUUGGACUACCAGUUUGGCUGUUUGUCCUUCUACAAUGCUCAGAGCGGUCAGCUGUUGGGGUCCUUCUCUGAGCACUUCACCCAGCCGUGUCACCCCGCUGUGGGCAUGGAUGCUCCAGGGAGUGUGGAGGUAUGCAUGGUGCAGGAGGUGCCAGAGUUCGCUAAAGACAGCUAGCUUUGAAAAACGUAUGUGUGCAGAUUAUAUUAAAUUAGCAGGUGCAUUUUCAUAAGCAGAAAUAUAUUUUGACAGUAUCAUGAUUUUACGAGAUACACCUUUAUGUGAAUAUUUGAACCAAUAAGCACACUUUAAAUAAUGUGGACUUAUUAUUAUCAUCAUUAUUAUUAUUAUUAUUAUUGUGUUUUAAUUUGAUUUUUAAUUUGAUUGUACAUUUUCAAAUUUAAGGUUAAUCUGAAUAUUUUUUCAUCUUUGGAAAAGCACUUUUGAAAUGGUAUUUCAUGUGAAUUUGUGUAAAUAGAUAUCUUCAGAUGUAUAUUUUGUAUAUAAGCCAAAUAGUAUAUGAGCUUAAUGCUCUGCUUGAUUGAAUUAAUAAAUUAUACUAUUUUAGUGUUGUUUGCACUGAUCAGUUUUUAAAAUUAAAUUGACUAUAAACAGUGCUCGGUUUAUUGUAGAGGUUCUAUUAACCACUAAAAAAGCUAUAAAUCAGCCUAACCAAUUACACAUUUCUAUACCUAUCAUUGUAAUUUAAGACCAAUAAAAAAUUUUUUUUUAAAAAUAACAUAAUUUAAAUACAUUUUAAACAAAAUAACAAACAUAAAAUUUGUUAGGGUUAUGAUCUAAUUUAUUGCAAUUAUAUGAAGUUGAU